UGACUUUUGGAGAAGUAGGAAAGUUUUUGUGAACUAGCUCCUGCGGCGUUAGCCUCGUCCAUUGUUAGCAGUUAGCAUCCAGGGAGGAAUCCCGUGUGUCCUGAUCGAAACUCGAGCGUCCGUCGCUGUUUUCCUCAGUAAGUUGCUCUUUGUCGGACGAACGCGAUGAAGAAGCUCAGCUGUUUUCACCUCGACGACUUAAUGGACGAGUUCGCUCAACUGGAGCAGACGAUCACAGAGGUCAGCGGCAGAAACCAGCUGUUGGAGGUCGAGCUGGAUGACGCCAACAGACUCGUUAAAUUCUACCAGACCAAAGAGAAGAGUCUGACUGAAGAGAGAGACAGCCUUCUUGUCACGGUGAACAGUUUGCAUCAGACUCUUCAGGAGCAGUGCAACCUCAGAGUGGAGAACGAGAGACUGAAGAGAGACGUGGUCGACCUGAAGCGACAGAACGAGAGAACGUCAGAGGAUGGAGAGGCUGAGGUCCAGCGGCUGCUCGGUGAAAAGGCAGCAGAAGAGGAGAGACACAAGAGGGAGCUAGAGGCUGUGAGACAGCAGAGCAGGAGGGAGGCGGAGCGCGCUCAGAGGGAGAGUUUCAAUCAGGUUGAGGCCAAAGAUGCUGAAGUGAAGAAACUUCUGGAGAAGAAGGAUCUGCAUCUGGAGGAGAUGAAGAAGAGGCUGAAGGAGCAGGAGAGAGAGAGGCAGAGCGAGCUUUUGAAGUUACAGAUGGAGUUUGGUGCGAAGUUAUCCAGAGUUCAGAGCACAGCUCAGUGGAGGGAGCAGCAGCAGCAGCAGCAACAACAACACGGCUCCAGCCUCGUUCCUCAGAGCGUCUUCAAGAGGAAGCUGCAGUUCAUCCAAGAGGAGAAGAACAAGGAGAUUGGGGCCCUGCGUCAGAGAAUCAAAGAGCUGGAGGAGAUCCAGCGCUCCAGCGGCGUCAGCGACAGCCGCCUGAAGAGAAGGAAGAUGUAGUUAGUGUCGAGGUCAAUGAUGUUAACGAGCUGCUGACCUGUCGGCUCCGCAGGUGCACAGAGCUCCGGACUCACUGGAGACACAAGUAACUCCUAACCAUUUCAAAUAACUGAUCAGUUUCAUUUUCAAAGCAAAGCUGUCGACUCAUCGUUCAGAUCACUCUGCUUCUGAUGCACAGUCAUCCCUCACUAGAUCUGCAGUUUGCUUACAGCUGAGCACAGCGCGGAGAACACAUUGAAACAAACGUACCUGUCUAAGGCUUUAAUCCAAUCAGACGCCUGCAGGGAGGGGACGCAGAGUAGCUGGAAGUCCAGGAUCGUUCAGGGAAUUAAACCUAUUUGUCUUUCUUAAACUAGGAUCAUUUAACUUUGACUCACUUCAGGUUCCUGAAAGUCAAGCUGUUCUUCGACUGAUGUUGACGAUCUACUAUUUGUGUUCAAGGACUUGUUUUCUUGUCCAUGUUGAGAGAAGCAGAGGUCUGCAGUGACCAGAGUAUUUAUU